CGCAGAUUUCAGCUUUGUGAACUAAUUCCUCUGCAAAUAGUGCACUGUGUCCAGGUGCAGCUUCAGUGCUGGGAGAGCGAUGGUUUCUUAAGGAUUUAAGUUUAAAGUCAAAGACUUCCUGCCCUAGGUGUUACAAAUAAGUAGUGUCCUUUUCUUAGGGCUCCAAGUUUGUUCAUCCAAUCAUAUCUCCGUAUGCAAAUCAACCUUAGCCCGUUCAGAUAAAAAGGAACAAAUAGAGCCAAGAGCUCUAGCAAGCUGAACCAAAUCACUGAGCCUGUCACCUGUAUUCCAGGAGUCCUAUCAGAGAUGUCGUCCUCAGGCUUGCCAGACCUACCUGUCCCACUCACCAACAUCAAGACUGAACACACUAAGAUCUUCAUAAACAAUGAAUGGCAUAACUCAGUGAGUGGCAAAAAAUUUCCUGUCUUCAAUCCAGCAACUGAGGAGAAAAUCUGUGAUGUGGAAGAAGGGGACAAGGCAGAUGUUGAUAAAGCGGUGAAGGCUGCAAGAGAAGCUUUUCAGAUUGGCUCUCCAUGGCGAACUAUGGACGCUUCAGAAAGGGGACGGCUCCUCUACAAGCUGGCUGAUUUAAUUGAGAGGGAUCGCCUGCUGUUGGCAACACUUGAGUCAAUGAAUGGUGGAAAACUAUUUGCCAAUGCAUAUUUGAUGGAUUUAGGAGGCUGCAUCAAAACCUUACGUUACUUUGCAGGCUGGGCUGACAAGAUCCAGGGCCGAACAAUUCCUAUGGAUGGGGACUUUUUUAGUUAUACAAGACAUGAGCCUGUUGGUGUGUGUGGCCAAAUCAUUCCUUGGAAUUUCCCAUUGGUCAUGCUUAUUUGGAAGAUAGGACCUGCCCUUAGCUGUGGAAACACUGUGGUUGUCAAACCGGCAGAGCAAACACCUCUCACAGCUCUUCAUGUGGCAUCUUUGAUAAAAGAGGCAGGGUUUCCCCCAGGAGUGGUGAAUAUUGUGCCCGGUUACGGGCCCACUGCAGGAGCAGCCAUCUCUUCCCACAUGGAUGUCGACAAAGUGGCGUUCACAGGAUCAACAGAGGUUGGGAAAAUGAUCAAAGAAGCUGCUGGGAAAAGCAAUCUGAAGAGGGUGACCCUGGAGCUGGGCGGAAAGAGCCCCUGCAUUGUGUUUGCAGAUGCAGACUUGGACAAUGCAGUUGAAUUUGCACACCAAGGAUUAUUCUUCCACCAAGGCCAGUGUUGUGUAGCUGCAUCCAGGCUUUUUGUGGAAGAAUCCAUUUACAAUGAGUUUGUUCGGCGGAGUGUUGAAAGAGCAAAGAAGUAUGUUCUUGGCAAUCCUCUGACCCCAGGAGUUAAUCAAGGCCCACAGAUUGACAAGGAACAAUAUGAUAAAAUAAUUGGCCUCAUUGAGAGUGGGAAGAAAGAAGGGGCCAAACUUGAAUGUGGGGGAGGCCCCUGGGGGAAUAAAGGCUACUUUAUCCAGCCCACAGUUUUCUCCAAUGUGACCGAUGAGAUGCGCAUUGCCAAGGAGGAAAUAUUUGGACCAGUCCAGCAAAUCAUGAAGUUUAAAUCUUUAGAUGAAGUCAUCAAGAGAGCCAACAAUACUUUCUAUGGCUUAUCAGCUGGGGUUUUCACCAGGGACCUUGAUAAAGCUGUGACAGUGUCUGCUGCCCUGCAGGCUGGAACAGUAUGGGUAAAUUGCUAUAGUGUGUUAUCUGCCCAGUGUCCUUUCGGAGGAUUCAAGAUGUCUGGAAAUGGACGAGAACUGGGAGAAUAUGGUCUUCAUGAAUAUACAGAGGUCAAGACAGUCACAAUGAAAAUUUCCAAGAAAAAUUCAUAA